GAUUGAAAAUAUCAGUCACUUUUUGGAGUUGCCCAAGACCAUCGAAUACAAUGAAAAUUGCAUUAAGUUUUUUGUUCGUCACGAUUGUUUUAACCUCAUUUGCAGAUGGAUUUGCUGAGCCAGAACCAUAUGCCGAAGCUGAAGCUCUUGCAGAACCGAUACCGUUUAUAAUGAGAAGAAUGAGACAGAGUUCAUCGAAUUCCAACCCAUCUUCAGGUUCCAAUAGAGUUCUAGUGAAACGGUGUCGUUGUCGUCGUAAGAAGUGUCCAACAACAGUUGCAUCUUCAUCGUCAUGCAAGAAGAAAUGUAAAUGUUGUAGACGAAAAAAACAAAAAAGAACCACAACAAGUUCGACGACCGUUACAACAGCAUCCACUGCUGCAACAACAGCCGCAACAACGGCCGCGACAACGGCCGUAACAACAGCCGCGACAACGGCAGCAACAACGGCAGCAACAACAGCCGCGACAACAGCCGUGACAACGGCAGCAACAACAGCCGCAACAACAGCCGCAACAACAGCCGCAACAACGGUCGCAACAACGGUCGCAACAACGGUCGCAACAACUGUCGCAACAACUGUCGCAACAACGGUCGCAACAACGGUCGCAACAACGGUCGCAACAACGGUCGCAACAACGGUCGCAACAACGGUCGCAACAACGGUCGCAACAACGGUCGCAACAACGGUCGCGACAACAGCUGCAACAACGGUCGCAACAACGGUCGCGACAACAGCUGCAACAACGGCUUAAGCCAAACAGCGUUUUUGGCCAACAAAAUCUGCACAGCUAUCCGACGAUUUUUCUGAACAAUAUUCCGAAUAUGGUUAUGACUCAAUCUCUUUUCACUAUUCGUCCAUAUUUAUUCAUAGAAUGUAAGGUAAUCGAAAUGCACUAUAAAAUAGCCACUUUAAUCGAAAAUUGUAUUAUCUAAUUCGGUUCAAAUAAAUCACUUUCUGAAAUAACUA